GUUGAGUUAUGAGUGAAGUCCACGGAAACAACCCGGUCGAUGGAGGUACUGCUGACAAGUUGCAACCAUCUUCGAAAUCACCAGAUGGAGACGUACCACAGGAAAAUGGCCAAGAAACUUUAGGGAAGGACUCGCCAGUUGUGAAUGGAGCGUCAUCUCCUCGACUAGAAGAUGUGGGUCCGACUGAAGCAGGGUCGGAAAGUGUGGGACAGGAUCGGCCCAAGGAGGAUGGAGAUGACAGUCUCCCUCAAAGGCACUCGACGCCAAAACCAUUGGAGAUUGAUACUGCCAGAAAAAGAACUCCAUCACCAAAUCAGAUAUCAAUGCCAAAACGGACCCCAACGCCAAAGUCAGAUGAUAAAAAAAGUGAUAGGGCUGAAACACCGCAAAUUGAAUCUGGUCAAAAGGCGGAUUCUCCAAAGCCAAAUCUUGAGCAAACAGAACAAAAUUCUAAAACUCCGGAACCUAAAAGUAGUAAAAGUAGUCAUCCUGUUGCCGAGGUUGAACAAAAUGAAGUGAAUGAACAAAAAGAAUCUGAGGUUUUGCAGCCAGAAAAGCCGGUGUCGCCGAAAAUUGAUGCCCAGUCCCAGCGGGGAGAGGGUGAGAGAGUGUCGGACACUUUGGACGGUAAUCAAGGGGAUGUGAAUAUGCUCGAUCAAGAAAACGAGCAAGGGACGUCACCUGGUGGCGAUACAACAAACCAAACAGAUCGCCCAACAUCUGUUCAAAGAUCGCGUGAAAAAUCUCCUGAUGGCGCUGGGGACGAUAAACGUAUAGGCAGUGGAACGAGUCGGCAUAUAACUGAUGCUCCAGCAGCGAGCGACAGUGUUCCUAUGGCAGCAGACGGUAAUCAUAAAGUAGUCCUAAACGAACCUGAUGGCGUAGAAAAGGAAUUGUGUGAUUUUGUUCGCGAUUAUGUCUGUCAGCUGAAGCAGAUGAAAACGUAUGAUAAUCCGGAGACGUUAAAACUGGUGAAGGGGAUUAGCCAAUCGUACUGGAGGGGAAAGGCAUAUAGGGUGGCAAUUGCACAGGUUCUUUGUGAGGAGGGCUUCGCUGCAUUAGCCACCCAUGCGCUGAAGACCCUGAAUGAUAUGGGAAUGUUUAGAAACGACAGCAUUUGGUUUCCGAGUUACUACUUUCUGAACACGGUCUGGAAUUUCAGCGAUUCGAAUCCAGAAUUUGCAACGGAUGUUGCUGAUGUGGGGAUGCUUGAUCUUCUUGUAGCCAAUAUUUCACACAAGCCGUACCUCGAGAAUCUUAGCAGUAAGAACGUCACGUACAUUGUGAAGUCUUCCUUGAGCAUCAUGCACAAUGUGGCCAGGUCACCUGGGACCUCCCCUGCAUUUAGAGAUCUCCGCACAGAAGAAGCUCUGAUGCCUUUCUUCAAGGGAACAACGAAAAACGACUUCAUGCAGGCCUUGGCUGUUUUGACGCUUGCAAAUAUCGCAGAUGAUUUGAGUACGUUUACAGAUAUUGGAAGUGAAUCCACUGGUGCGAUCGACUUCAUAGUCGAUUGUAUGAAAAAGGCGCUCAGGUCGGAUAAGCGUCGUUUCAGGGGAUUCAUGGCGUCAGAAUUGGCCGAUGGACUUGCGAAAUUAGCAGCACAAGAUAGCGCCAAAUCAAAGAUCAUUCAGGCCGGUGCUCUACCAGUGUUUAAGGAGAUGUUAAAAAGUCAUGACAGAAUGGAACAACAUGCUGCCGCCCAGGCAAUAUGGUCGCUCGCGUUCGACGAAGUUUCGCGAAGAGCCAUCUUGGACGAACCAGAAAUCAUGCAGAAUCUGGAAGCAUCGAUGAAGAGUUCGGAUGAGGACGUGAAACUCAGCUGUCUCGGCGCACUCUGGAUUUUGAAGAAGAAACUGGUGGAACGCUCGGAAUCCAGAAGAGCUAUAAUAAAGCGGCAGACGACGCUGGAGGAACAAAAAGAUGUGAAAGACCGAUUAAUAUUCAUCAGCUAUUCAUGGCAUGACAAGAAAAAAGUGCGGAAGAUUGCAGCCAGGCUCAAGGAACUUGGUUAUAACAUCUGGAUCGACCAUGAGCAGAUGAAGGAGAACAUUUUGCAGGCGAUGGCCCAGGGGAUUGAGGAUUCUGCGAUAUUUCUAAUGUGUAUGUCCGAGUCUUACAAGGAAAGUCCAAACUGUAGAACAGAGGCAGAAUACGCCUUCAAACUUCAAAAACCGGUCAUCCCGUUGAUGAUGCAGAAGCGGUACACGCCGGACGGCUGGCUUGGAAUCAUCCUCGGCACAAAGUUGUACUUUAAUUUUACGGGGAAGGUUCCGUUUGACGAGAUCUUUGAGAAGUUUUUGAAGGAGAUGAACAUGUUAGGAGGAGGGGAUGAGGUUAUCAAGAUUGUGGUGCAUAAUGACUCGACGCAGUCAUCGACACCAACAGCUCACAAAUCUUCAAAGAAAGAUGAUGCAUUACUUUUGGUCAGGAAUUGGACAAGUGCUGACAUCUUAAGGUGGUUGGAGGAUAACGAUCUUUCGAGUUGUAAAUCAAAGUUCAAGGACUUUGAUGGGCAUCAUUGGUGUGGCCUCAUUGAGAUGAAAAAAGAGGCUCCUCAGUACUAUUACCAGACUAUUGAGCACAAAAUUGGUCUGAGUUUUCUGGAUAUUCUCAAGUUCAGUGAGGCGAUAUCAUACUUUCUAAGGACGGGUUCGUUAUAGGAGGCUGUUGCUAUGACAUUAUGGUUGUCAUGGAGACUGUUGCUAUGGAAGGAUGCACUGCUUAAUAGAAGGAGUUCCCAUGACAUUAUGGUUCUUUUAGGAACUGCUUUACUUUGGAAAUUGGAUAGAAAUUCUCCAAUUUGCAUAAAAAGCAAGAGCCAAUUUCCAAAUCUGGGGUUACCAAGGAAACUGUUGUCAAGCAGCACCAGUUGCUAUGGAUUUUGAUGUUAUUAUCAUAUUGUUGGCAUGGAAACUUAGCUUGGAUGAUUUCAAAAUACAACAAAGAUUGGAUGUAAUUCCUUUGAUUCAGGAAAGGACUUGAAAUAGGACAAAAAUGCAUUUCUCUUCUUGAGUCCUUCUUGUUACCAAGGGUACUUUAGUGGCUAUAUGAUUUCACCUGUUACAAUGGUGAUAUACUUACACAGUUGCUAUGGAAACGUUAUUGCUAUAGAAACUUUGUUAUUAUGGAUAUUCCUGUUGAAAUUUUCAUAAAUGUAUUCUUAUCAUGGCAGCCAGUGUUAUUGCCAAAACAAAUCUAUGCAUGAUAUUUCUGUGUUACCAUGACAACCAGUGCUUAAACAUUCUUGCCAAGGAAUUUUUAUUAUUAUAUUACCAUGUCAGUCAGAGUUAUUGCCAAACGAUCUAUGCAUUAUCUUGCAGCAUCCUGAAAUCAAAACUUGUACUUAUUGUUAAUGUUUGUUGACCUGAAGCUAGUUGCCAUGGAAAUAUUAAUAUUACCAUGGAAACAUGGUUAUUGCUAAAUUGCUGAAGCGUGAUUGCUGUCGUAGUAAUUUACAAUUAUUAACCCUUUUACUGAUAUACACACAAAACUUUUUGCUUGGAAUUGUUAGGUACUUAUGUUGAUUUAUCAUAUUUACAUAUUUUCUGUUGAAACAUACACACGGUUAGAUUCAGUGUACAAAGGGGGCAGCACCAGUUACUUUAUGCAAAUUUUAUACAAAUUUAAACAACCGAAGGAUUACAAAGGUGAUAUUUUAAAAAUCUUUGAGGGGCUGCAUCGCCCAUUAGUUACGCCAAUGGGUCCGAGGUUGAUGACAGGUUGCCUGGAUUCUAUGUUGAUAUUUUACACCGGUAUUUAUAUUCAGAUUUUGUAUAUAGGUCAAUAUUAACACGCAAAUGAUUUACUAGGUUUCAAAUUCAUUAGUUUCCAGAUGCUCACGUUUACAGUGAGCUUAAAUGACUGAUUUACGUCACUAGUUUAGCAUGAAUGGCCACAAAGAGUUUGGCGUAGGCCCAGGAGUUAAAUUAUGUGAAACUUUAGAGUCUGGAACUCGCCUACUGAUCUGAAGUAUGCAAAUCAAUGUCCUGGUUUGGCAGCCAAGGGGCGUUAAUUUCUGUCAGUCAUGGGCUCUCACUGGACACUUGUACAUAGCCCCCCUCCCCGCUAAGUUUUUUGGUUAUGGGAUUAUCAAAUUUUUACGAGAGGCCCAACCCGAAUGGUAUAUUCUUAUCAUUAGUGACCUCAUGAAUUUUAUGUUCAGCAUUAAUAGGCCAAGUGGGAUUUUAUGUAAAAAUUUGUCGCAUAUUGCAAAAUCAUUUACGCAAAUUGAAUUCUGAUAGCUUUUACAAGAAUGAAUGAGCUCAAGUGACCCGAACCAGUCCACUAGGCCAGUAGUCAUCCUAGGGGGAGUGGCUCAUAUUUGUCACCUGGAUUUAGUCAGUUACUUACCCUCUGGUAUAAAUUAGCAGUUAGCCCAGAUAGACAACGUUUAUAUACAUGAGUUUAGCUCCACAUCACCGUAAAUCGCAAAGUUUAGCAUCAUAUCGCCAUUAGAUUGGAGGGCAUUAAGUGUGUUGAAGGUGCACCAGAAAGCUUAAUAUUCAUUUCAAAAUGAUUAAUAUCCAAGAAUGGUUAUUUGGAAACCUUUGGUUUUCAUGCAUAUGUUGCUUUUGGUGCAUUAGAUGCAGAUUUCUUCCAUUUUAUGAAUUAAGUUGGGCGCAGGUGCUUAGACCACCCACUCGGGAUCUGUGUUGAGUUAAGCAUAAUUUAACAAUUAAACCUUUAAAAAGUGCAUGCUCCGAUAUAUAUCACGGUAGAAUAAAUAUCACAAGUAUCAGCGAGCAUAUGUUUUGGAAUAUUCAAAUGAAUAUUAUUGUCUAAUAACAAAAAUUUGAAAACGGUGUCAAAUUUUUUUACUUUUGAGUUUUGCUCAAGUUCACGACUUGUGUGAAGGCAGCCGGGUUCUGAUGAUUAUGACAACUGCAGACAAAUUAUAAAGUUUGCGUACACUUCUGGCUUGAAAAAGUGAAUAGAGCUGCUAUUGUUUUCAGUGUUAUCAUCUUGUCAUUUGUGCAAAUUAUCCUUACCUAUAUUGAAUUAUACUUCGAUACUUUGAUAGGUGAGUUUUAAAGUUUUGCGGACAACAUAAGCAAUGUCUUUUAGAUUCAUUCCUAGUCUUUACUUCAAGCUUUUUAACAAUCCCAAACAACAACAUUAGUUGGUUAAUAUUUCCUAGUUCUUUCCAGCUUGGAAUCCUACGUAAGGCCUUCUGUCCUUUAAGCCCGUAGCACACUAGCUGCCAACUUCGGCGUUCACAAGCGUUUUUUGCCGCAAGAGUCCUGAACGCCAGAAAAAUCCCUAGUCUGCUAUGAACGGCGUCGGCGAACGCGACUUGCUGCCACUUGCCGCAACUAAACGCCAAAUAUCUAACAUGUUUGAUUUUUGACGCGUGUCGCCGCGUUUGAAAGCAAGAAGAAGCCAGGUGUGCUACGGAUUGCCGCCUGAAUUGGCGUCGGCGGCGAGGCUAUGGCCAAUCAGUAUGCGUCUUGAUGUCACAUGAUUUCAAAAUGGCAGACUAAAGUGGUGGAAAAGACGCUACUGGACGCCGAUUCUGGGCAGGUGUGCUCUGACCGGGAUCCACUAGCCGCCAACUUCGGCGUCGAGAGGCGUCAGCUGAACGCUUCUUGUCGCCAAAGUCGGCGGCUAGUGUGCUGCGGGCUUUAGCAAGAAAUAGUGGUCAGACCUAAUGGUAGCAGAUGUGUCUGAUAGAUUAGUACUUCUUUGCCUGACCCUUUUCAGCUUACACUGUCUUCAGGAGCUAUAUAUACUAGUAGACACAAUGAAAUAAUAAACAGCUAGUGUUCACCCAGGCAGUCAAGGGUAUAACCCAUGAAGAUACUGCCUGCAACGCGUCUUACGCUAAGGUACAUUAUUUCUGAUCAGUAGGCCUAUAUCAGGAAAAGACAAGUGGUGAUAAAUCAAUUGUUUUGUUUGUUUGUGUGUAGAAGUCUGUUCUUAUUUAUUCAAUAUUUAUACAGUA